AUGGAUUCAGGCGAGGUUCGCCCGCGCAAGCCUUUGGCUGUCACCGCUAGCGAGCUUCAGAAGCACUCGAGUAAACCCUCCACCGAGCCCCGCCUCAAAUAUGGCAUUACCAUGCAGGUACUUCGAUCGCUACUGCUGGCUGCGUGGUUUAACGGAUGCUGCAUCGUCGUUUUUGUGACUCAACUGGUCGGCUCCCCGCUUUACCUGAUCAACAAAGACUACUUCUACUCCUACAUGGCCUACACGAAACAGUGUUUCGGAUUGAUGAUUACAGCUCUCACGGAAUGGGGUGCCCCAACACUCUUUCGAGUUAGUGGUGAUGAGAGCGUACGAGGACAGCUCCAUCUAACGGAAGAUGGUAUGCUGCAGGCCAGCUUCCCGGAACGCCUGGUCAUGAUCGCAAACCACCAGGUCUACACCGACUGGAUUUAUCUCUGGUGGUUCGCAUAUACCAAUGUGAUGCACGGCCGCGUUUACAUUAUUUUGAAGGAGUCGCUCAAGUAUAUCCCCAUCAUGGGUCAGGGCAUGAUGUUCUACGGCUUUAUCUUCAUGGCCCGGAAAUGGCAAUCUGAUAAGCCUCGGCUUCAGUACCGCCUGGAGAAGCUCAAGACCCGGCACAGCGGAUCGCAUUCCGGCAACCCACAAUACGAUCCUAUGUGGCUGAUGAUCUUCCCGGAGGGUACUAAUCUUUCCAUCAAUACGAAGACGCGGAGCGAUGCGUAUGGAGCAAAGCAGAACCUUGCCUCUCUCAAGCACAUGAUUCUUCCACGGUCGACCGGGCUAUUCUUCUGUUUACAGCAAUUGCGCGGAACACUGGACUACGUUUACGAUUCUACUAUUGCCUAUGAGGGCCCGCCAAAGGGAAGCUAUCCCGACAAAUACUUCACUCUGCGCUCAACCUAUGGACAGGGACGCCCUCCGACCUCGGUCAACAUGCACUGGAGACGUUUCGCUGUCUCUGAAAUUCCUCUCGAUGACCAGAAGGAAUUCGAGGCCUGGCUACUUGCUCGAUGGGUUGAGAAGGACCAGCUCAUGGACCAGUAUUUCGAAACCGGUAGAUUCCCUUCCGAGCUGGCUGGAUCCAUCGAAGCCAAGAAGGCUACCGAAGAGCAGAAGAUCGCCAUCUCAGCUGGCUAUAUUGAGUCUAAUGUUCGAUUGCACCACUGGGCCGAGCUGGGCAAGAUCUUCAUGGUGCUGGCGGGACUCGGGUUCCUGUGUCGGUUCAUUGGCAGCUGGUUUGGCUAA